AGCUCAUCUUUUUGAUCAUGACCAAUCACCUACACCUAUAUUGAAAGGAAGAAUCAGUAAAGUCGACGCUCUUUCGUUCAAUCGUUCACAAUGUUCAUCACUUCCAUCUUACGUACUUCACGUACAACUUAUCGUGGUGCACGCGGUUCAGGAGCAGGAAAUUCGUCAAAGACAUCUGCUCGAUCUUCUCCUGCUUCUCGUUCAACAUUAACACAAGCAGUACAAUCAGGUAACGUCUUUAAACGGUCUCAAAGAGGUUUAUACGAUAGUUCCGUUUUGCAAACCGGAAAUAGCAUUCCUAAAUCCAUUCAGAAAACUUUGAGGAAUUGGAAGCCAAACGUUCAAAAUAAGUCUUUACGUAGCAACAUUUUAGACACCGUCAUUCAAACAAGGGUAACAUCAAGAGCCCUACGUACUAUCUCAAAGUAUGGCGGCUUAGAUGCAUACCUUCAACGCAGAGACGAUAAGCAUCUAGUCACAUUUGGAAGAACGAUUCGAAGCGCAAUAGCAGCCACAGUUCGCGAAAGACAAUUGCAAGGACCACUUUCCGCUGAGGAGAGUUUCCAGCAUGUUCAACGGACAGAAGGCCAAAAGCAACUUUGAGAAGAUCAUUUUGCUGUGAAUCUUAUAUUUGUAUUUGUACCAAUAAUGGAUGAAGUCAUUCUUGGAAAGCCGAAAGGAUGUAGCUCUGAGAACGAUAUAGUGUUUGAUACAAGAAGGAAAUUUGGCUUGGAUAAAAGUACAAAUGAUUUUGUCUCUAGAUGAUCAAAAUUACAAACUAACUUCUGGUUUGACGAUUGACAUUCCUGCGAGCGAUCAAAAAUAGGCGUUUCUACUUGUGACCUCUUGUAAAACGAUGUGGACAGCGUUUACAAUUAAUUGCAAUCAAUGUUGUGUGAUAGCGU